AUAGGCUCGAGGGCUGCUGUGCCGCAAGACCGGUAUAUAUCUGGACAUCACAAUGUGACAUCGAAAAGAGGAGUCAAUACCUUGAUGCUUGGCUGCUAGGUAGGCUGCGCUUCUGCCUGGACAAUCCAACCUAGCUGCAUAUUUGCUAGGUAGAUAUGCGUCGGUCGUAUAUAUGAACAUUAAGUAGGUAGGAGGUAGUUAAUAGAAAGUUCUGCUCUGUUCCCUUUCUCUAGAACUUUCUGUUUACUUUCAACGAAAUUUGCGUAGUUGGAUCAUAUUCGACUGGUCAAUUUCUUCACCAACCAUUAUACCCUGUCCCAAGACAUUGGUUACUGACCUAUCACCUAAUCAUCAUGUUGAAGAUCGCAGCGAUGGCUGUAAGAGCCUUCUUGCUCCUUUUCGGAGCAGUGGUUCUAGGCCUCUCUGUCACUCUCGCAAAGCAACAGACAGUUGGCUCGCCUCCGUCAGAAACCUCGUUUGGCAGCUUCGUGGGCGCGUUCGGUAUCCUGAUCUCCCUGGUUGGCUUUGGAGCUCUCUUCAUCGACAAGAUCUCCGCCAUCGCAAUGAUGGCUGCAGAUGGUGUUGCGACAGCACUCUAUCUCGCAGGCGCUAUUGCCUUGACUGUUGCGCUCAAGCCAGUACCGAGCUGUACAUCCAAUGAUGAUCUCGCUCGUUUCCAGCGAUUUCAGAACAAGCUCUUGAACGGUGGAUGCCAAGAUGUUGCAGGCAACCAGAUCUGCCCUGGAGUUCCCGAAGAGUCAGUGCUGAACGGCCGCUGUCAGCGAGUCCAAGCCGAUUACGUGUUCGAAUACUUAGCUUUCGUUUUCGGCGUCGCUGUCAUCGGCUUAAACUUCGUUGUUAACAGGAGCGGAGGAGGCAGAACCGCCGCAUAUGUUUAAAUGUUUCUGUUAAAACCAUUGCGAUCAUUACUAAUGAGGUUAGCGACAAGAGAAGGGAGGAUUGGUACACAUACUUGUUGCUGUGUUGAGUUGCUUGUGAAUAAUGAGGAAAUUUUACGAAUACCCCUUAGAAAGUUGGAAAGGCCUUCUUUCUUUAUUUCCCAACAAUCCUUGAUGCAAUUAAAUAUUAUCUGCUUACAUACUAGGUGCUGAGAGAUUACACAGCCUUUAGGUAGUUCCACGAAUCUAUAAC